GACGCAACGGCCACACCACAUGCUGCCGAUGGAACGGAUGAUGGCGUCCGCACGCACGCCGUCGCGCGGCAUAAAAAUAUCGCAAGCUGCAGCCUGGAAGUUGCCCCUCUUGCGCGCGCUGGCCUCCCCGAUUCCUGGUGCAGAUGCAGUGCGCCGAGGCCGGCGCCUUGGGCCUUCCCCCCGCGCGCGCUUAUAAGCAGCGCCCAUACACCAGCGCUCGCUUAUCAGCUCCAGCUCGCAGCAAGCCGGGGGGCGGGGGGCUCGGUUGGUUCUUCGAACGUUGGCCGAUGGCUGGCGGCGGAGGCAAGAACGGCGGGAGCCUGUACGCGGCGCUCGGCGUCCCCAGCGACUGCUCCGACGCCGAGCUGCGCAGCGCCUACCGCAAGCUCGCCAUGAAAUGGCACCCGGACAAGUGCGCCUCCGCGGGGAGCUCCGCCGGCGGCGCGGAGGCGGCCAAGGCGAGGUUUCAGAAGAUCCAGGGAGCAUACGCCGUCGCAGGCCGCCGGGGAGAUCCUCGGAGAUAUUCUGGAGGCCAUGAACCAACCUGGCCCUGCCGAGAACGGCAAGGCGGAGAGCCUGGAGGAUCUGCAGCGGCAGUUCGAGGAGCUGUUCCUGAGGCCGCCGUCGUCGUUCCGCUCACUGGACGAUGCUGGGAAGUCGGCGUCGAAGAGAAGGGCUGGAAGAAAGUAGAACGUGGAGAUGACGGCAUGACGCAACAUGUUUAUUACAGUACAUCCAUUUCGCCCGUGCCCGUAUCGCGUGCGACUGAUCGAGAGAAGUUACCUGCGUGUGGAGGCUGUGACCUGACCCCAAUAACCGCCGUGGCAUCCUGCGUAGCACAUGAACAAUACUAUGAUAGGUGUUUAUAACUAGAUGUUAAAAAAAAUAUAAUGGUAAGUAUCUAUAUAAAAAUUAUAUUUUUCAAUGCAAACAAAUACUUUAGUGUUUAAAUAUAGUUAAUUAUUUUAUUAUCACUAAUAUAAGCAGCAGCGAUAUUUAAGUAAAUACCUUGCUAUCUGUAUAAAAGCAGUUGAGAAAGUUUUUUUUAUAAGUAGCUCCUCUAAACACUUUAUUAUACAUGCUCUAAGUGGCCGUGAUUUCGUAGCUAGAAAUUGGGCCAGAAUAGUUGG